AUGGAGGCUGGCCGGGAUUUCCGAAGCAUCAUCAAUUCAGUCCCCUUUACUUUCCUGGUCGGUCCAGGCCAUACCAAACUUACGGUCCAGUCGGGUCUCGCCCGGCAUGUCUCCCGACCCUUGGAUCAUCUGAUGAAUAGUGGCCAGACGCGCGAGUCCAAGCAUCAGAUUGCUGUCCUGGAGGACGAGGAUGUGGAAACCUUUGUAGCAUUUUGCGAGUAUGCGUAUACGGGCGACUAUGCUGUGCCGCCCCCAGGGGGUAGAGAAGAUGAUAGAGAGCAAGACAUGAUCAACAACCCCUUCAGGGGAAUGUUUACGAGUGACUCGAACGCUUCAUCUCCUCCGUCGGGGCUCGCUCCCUCGCCUGGGAGGCCAGCGGCAGCCGCGCCAAGGGCAUCGGAUAGUCAUCCGCAAGACAGUGCCAGCUACGCGGAAGACGGUUACGAUGAGGAGACACCGGACGAGAACGCAGCAUGGUAUCUCUCCACGACGACGGACUAUCCGCCGCAGGACCCAACAGCCACCCCUCGAGAUUCCGAUAGAUCCCCUGUUCCAUCGCCAGACGCCAGUUCGUCCCGGGGCCGGAGGAGACAGCGAGGCCGGAGGGGGCGGAAGAAUAGCAAGGAGCCGCAGCUCCUGACCGAGAAUACGGUCUCCAAACUAACUCCGCCCUGUACUCCUCCGCCGGAUGGUGCUGGAUUAUUCGAGGAAAAGCCCGCCACCGCCGCCGCAGCAGUUGAACUGGAUCCAGCCGCGGUGUCCCCCCCCGAGGUGGACGAAAGCCCCCCGGAGGAAGAGAGCUGGGAACGAUCGAUUUCGGCGUCUACCAGCGCGGAGGAAGAAUUCCAGGCAAGGUGCCGGAGUCGACGGAUUAUCGACACCUCCUUCGCCAGCCAGGAGUUCUCCUCCCGUCACGGAAAACGGACUACGACUAGUCUCUGGGACGAGUUCACAGCGAUGGACGACCGUGAAUUCCGGCCAUACUACUAUCGAGCUCGGCCGCCCAACUCGUUUCCCGGAUUUGGGUUACCGUACUUGAUCUUCCAUGCGAAGAUCUACGUCUUCGCCACCCGCUACUUGAUCCCGGCCCUCGCGCAUCUGUGUCUUUGCAAGCUCCACCGCGACCUGGUGAAUCUCUCCUUUCCCGAUCCGGACCCAGACCCGGACAACCAGUACGCCGAGCAAUUCGUCCUGACCACCACCAAGGCGCGAAUGGUGCUGGACCUCCUGCACUACACGUACAGUAAGACCACGCGGCUGGAGCCGAUCUCUCCCACGGCGGCCACGCAGCUCCGCGACAACGAGCUCCGGAAGCUCGUGGUGCACUAUGCGGCGUGCAAGAUCCGCGACCUGGCAGAGUACUGUCCGCCGGUCGAGACGAUUGUGGGAUCUCCCGGGUAUCCCGAGAAACCGUCGGCGCGGGGCCUUCGCGCGCUGCUCGAUACGACGCCCGAGCUUGCAUCGGAUUUGAUCUACCGCAUGAUAUGA